CUUUGCAAUGUUCUUCGAUAUCCGUGAAUGUUCUGAUUCUGAUUCUUGCACGAUUAGUGCAUAUCCCAUCUUUUUUUGUUAGUUACAAUUUAGAAGGCUUCAGUUUGUUACCUACCGAUGAAGAGAGGUAUAUAUUGGGUAUAUAAAGGAGGAAGAUACCUAUAAGAAACUCUAGAUAUAAGGUGUCGCGUCCAUCAGCCAUCUAUACACGGCCUUGCCCGCAGUAUCUUGCCGGUUUUUCGGCCUAAGAUAGCGGCGGCCGACUCGGGUUCAGUGCGCUCCGUGACAAGUUCUAUCGGCGAAACUGAUACGGUGACCGUGGCCACUCGACAACGCCCACUGUCAUUGGGAAGUCUGGCUUCGACAGAGGCUCCGCUCCGAUAAGUGUUGUCUGGCCUUGGGAUCGGCGGGCGUCGCCCUCAAUCUGGUAACUGCUCGGACAGUGGUGCAGUCGGGCGGCGGGAAGACGGCCGACCUCCGCUGGACAGCGGGCUACAGCGGCGCUGUGCUGACUCAUCCGUCAGUGAGAUGACCAUGGAGGCGGUCCGCGCCACCUGCGACCUGGCGCGGUGCCGGCUGAACGAGCUGCUGGCCGACCGAGAGCCGUGGCAGGUGGCCGCCGGCGCGGCCGGGGCCACGCUGGCGAUCACCUGGAUCUGGGCUCAGGUGCACUUCUCCGACGAAGACAUCUCAUCCCGCUUCAAGAAGCGACUGUUCCGGCUGGUGAGGACGAUCCCCGCCGUUCGGAGGAAGAUCGAGAAGGAGACGCGUCACAUGCAGGACAACAUGAACGCCGAAAUAGUGCGCAUGAACGCGGGGAUGCCGUUCUUGCGCCGUCUGCCGGAUCGUGGCAUUAGCGCCGAACAAGUGCUGUCGGAGGCGCGUCGCUACUGCGCCCUCGGCAAGUUCUCCUACAAGGAAGGCUGCCUGUCGGGAACGGUGUACAACGGGUCGGCCGACCUGACCGAGCUGAUGACCCAGGUGUACGGGCUGGCGGCGUGGUCCAACCCGCUGCAUCCGGACGUGUUUCCGGGCGUCCGCAAGAUGGAGGCGGAAAUAAUUCGCAUGUGCUGCCAGCUCUUCUCGGGCGGGCCCGACUCGUGCGGCACGGUGACCUCCGGAGGCACGGAGAGCAUCAUCAUGGCCAUGAAGUCGUGCCGAGACAUGGCCAGGGAAGAGCGCGGCAUAACGCGGCCAGAAGUGCUCGUUCCGUUCACGGCUCACGCCGCCUUCGACAAAGGCGCCCAGCUACUCCGCAUGAAGCUGAUCCACAUUCCGGUCGACCCAGAGACCAGCCGCGUGAACGUGUCCAAGAUGAGAAGCUACAUCAACAGCAACACGGUGAUGCUGGUGUGUUCGGCACCGGCAUUCCCGCAUGGCAACAUCGACCCCAUUGAGGAGGUCGGCGCACUGGGAGUCAAGUACGGCAUUCCCGUGCACGUCGACUCGUGCCUGGGCGGCUUCCUGGUGCCGUUCAUGAAGGAGGCCGGCUUCCCUGUGGUGCCGUUCGACUUCAGCGUGCCGGGCGUGACCAGUAUCUCGGCAGACACGCACAAGUAUGGCUUCGCUCCGAAGGGCACCUCGGUCAUACUGUACUCCUCGCAGCACAUGCGUCACUUCCAGUACUUCGUGCAGCCCGACUGGCCGGGAGGCAUCUACGCCAGUCCCUCGAUGGCCGGCAGCAGGGCCGGAGCGGUGCUGGCUGCCUGCUGGGCGGCUCUGAUGUACUACGGACGCCAGGGCUACGUGGAGACGACGCGCCGCAUUAUCGAGACCGCGCGCUACAUCGAGGCGGAGUGUCGCCAGAUUCCUGGCCUGCGGAUCCAGGGCAGCCCGGACGUCUCUGUGGUAGCCUUCGCCUCGGACCAGUUCAACAUCUACCGACUCUCGGACGCCAUGGCGCAGCGCGGCUGGAACUUCAACGCGCUCCAGAACCCGCCCUGCUUCCACAUCGCGGUCACCUACUGCCAGACGGCCGCCGGCGUGCGCGAGAGGCUGGUGAAGGACAUGCGCGAGCUGACGGCCGAGAUGCUGCGCGCGCCGGCCGACAACGCCAACUCCGGAGACGUGGCGCUGUACGGCAUGGCGGCCAGCGUGCCCGACCGCUCGCUGGUCUCCGAGCUGGCCUGGUGUUUCGUGGACAGUCUGUACACCACUGAGGAGCCCGCCGAGGCGGACAAGCCGGCUCCCGCAGAGGCGGACAAGCGGGCUCCGGCGGCCGGCACCCAGUGACCGCGCUGAGGAAGGCAGGACCUGACCUCUUUGCUCCGCCGGUUAUCCGGUAAAAUUCAACAGCGACCUUUAGAGUGGCCAACAUGAUAAGUGGCGAUAGCCCAAGUGAAUGGGAUCGGUUGCGAUAAGUCAGCAAGAUCAGUGGAUAUUAGUCAAUGGGAUCAGUGGAGUGCAGUCAGGGAGCUGUUAUCGUUGCUUAGUCCUGUGUGUUUGAUUAUAUUAUAAUUACACGGGUGGGCGUGGCCCGCCCGCCGGGAUCAAGACAUAGCUAUAGGAGGGACGCGCGGCGAUGGAGUCUGGCUAGGGAUUGGAUGAGGGCCGGCACGGUGUCUGCGCGCACCCGGCCGGCCGCAGCGCCAGUGCAUACCCUGAGGUACUCUACACCUUUACAUGUAGUCACUGAGUGUUACAUCUGGUUCGGAGAGCAGCCGCGAGCAGCUGCUGUAUAUGUACGGAGCAGCGUCAGCAGCCGGGCAGCUGUGUGUCGAACAGUCCGGCAGGCCCGGCGUCACUGCUAGGCCACAGCUCAUACCUGCCGGCGUCACCGCCGCUGUACUGUGAGCUGUACCGAGCCACUCCCGGCCUCACCGCCCAAAACCACUCAGCUUUGAGAGAUCACCCGAUGGAUCGAGCUUAGCACACCCUGUUCGGUCAGUUUCCGUUGUGCGGCGCGCACGAUGUACCCAGUGUGGGGUAAUUUAUGUGCAAUGUUUUUGUCUACUCAUUAAUGUAUUAUCUAGAUUAGUUAUAUAGCUGAUUGUCUUCUGUGGCACGGUGUACUUUUCCGGACUCGAACCAUUUUAAUUAUUUAUUAAAAUAAGAUUUGAAUGAUCCUUAAGUUAUCGACGAUUAGCGAAGACAUUUUAGUAUCUUCUGACGCCACUUUUCUUCAUAAUCAUACGCAUGUAUUAGGGGUUUAUUACGCACUUUUUGUGUGAAGGUAGAUAUUCAAUAAAACAUGGCAUGUG